GGCCACUGACUGCCGUUCCGACUGUUCCGACUUUCAAACUGUCAAUCAGCAGUGUGCUGUCUGUCCAACUCGAGCUGGGGGAAAACAAAAACAACUUCAGUCGUGUACUGUUUUCGUCUACGACGAUCGAUUGGUCGAUCGUGUGAUUACGGUUUCCGAUUAGUUCAGAGCCAAUAGUAGAUGUUUAGCAAUUAGAAAUAAUUGAUACUUCACCGCCGAGCAACGAUGUGGCAAUGGCUUUAGAAUUGAGCGUAUUAACUCUGAAUAUUUGGGGAAUCCCAUACGUGUCAAAGGACCGUCCCGUGCGAGUAGAGGCCAUCGGAGAUGUGUUGGCCAGCGGUAACUAUGAUAUCGUAUCGCUGCAGGAGGUUUGGUCCGAUAGUGAUUAUCAGUAUUUGAAGAAGCGUGUCGAAGGUGUUCUUCCAUUUGCUCAUUAUUUUUACAGCGGGGUAGUCGGGUCCGGUUUGGCAUUGUUCUCCAAAUAUCCGAUCGUGUCAGCAUUGUUUCAUGCGUGGUCGGUCAACGGGUACGUGCAUCGCAUUCAGCAUGGUGAUUGGUUCGGUGGAAAGGGAGUAGGUUUCGCAAAGAUAGCCGUCAACGAUCAGUUGGUGAAUGUGUAUGCUGCACAUUUGCACGCCGAGUACGACAGAAAAUGUGACGACUAUAUGGCCCAUCGAGUGAUCCAAGCGUUCGAUACCGCUCAGUUCAUUGAAAGCACCCGGGGCAAUGCCGUUCUGCAAAUACUGGCCGGGGAUUUGAACACCGAACCGGGUGAUCUGGCCUAUCGAGUGCUUCAAACCAAUUCCAAACUAACCGAUACGGUCGACAAGAAAAUGUAUGCCACCGGCAACCUGGGCACGAACGAAAUCGGCAGCAACUGUUACACCGAUCCGGAAGCGGCCAAAACGUGUCCUCAGGGAAAACGAAUCGACUAUAUUAUGUACCGAUUUGGCGAUCAUUCCGAGGGCCGUCUGCUGGAACAUCGUCUUCCACUGCCGGACCGUAUUCCUGGGAAGGAUAUCAGCUACUCCGAUCAUGAGGCGGUAUACGCCAAGAUCAUCUUGAAAAAGGCGAGCUCUUCGGCCAUUCAGCAUCUGAUGGCAUGUGGCAGCGGCGAAGGGCACGGGAAAUGCGAGAAUAACGAUCAGGAAGCGGUUCUGGCGCUGAGGGAAAGUGUCGUUAUUUGUAAUGAAAGCUUGAAACAGUUGGAAUCGCACAGGCGUAGCUACACGCUGAUGGCGAUUGGAGUGAUCAUCGUUUUGCUCAACAUGCUCGAACUGGAAGCUCCCUAUGGUCUGAAGAGUGCGUAUUUACUGCUGAAGUUCCUGCUGUGUGGGUUCGUCAUUUUCUUCAUAUUUAUGGCAACCAUUUGGAAUGUGAUGGAGAAGCAUGGGAUUCUGGCCGGGAAGCUAUCGAUGGAGAUUGCACUGAAAGGUUUUAAAGAUCUGGGAUUGACCGGACUCCGGGGAACUGGUGCGGAUAUUGCUCAUAAUUGAUGUAUUAGCGAGAGAUCGUAAUCAUUACAAGGGACAAAGUAGUAUUUCAAAUGUAGAAUAUUGCAUUUGAUUUUUUAGCAGUGGUUUUGAAUCAUUUUUGUAUGCUUGUAGGGUAUUUAUUUAAAUUAACUUUACACUGUUCUAUUAGAAAUAUAUUACGAGCUAAAUUCCGUCUUCGAAAGACCUAAUUGAAUCUUAAACCUGAUACGUAUCAUUGCUCUAAUCAUGCCCUGAAAAUUUUAAUGUUGUGGGAAUAAACAGUCGAAAUAGA